AUGCUUUCGUCAGAACUAAGUGAUCUUAAUCAUUUCAGAUGCUUAAAUCGUCUAUAUUUCGUCAUUUGUCGGGUGGAACGCUCAGCUGGUAUUGACUUACCGAGAAGAUGCCUGGACGAAAUAACGACAUGCCGUACAAUAUGGAAACGAUUGAGCAGUUUCAUGGAAGGAUCCGAAGAAGAGGACAAAUGUCACGAAAACUCUGGAAAGCACUGCGCGAUAUGCUGCCAACCGGUAUCGAAUGCUGUGUACUUUGGUGGACAAACGUACCACUCGGAGUGCGCUAAUCUUUGGGUGAAUGAUGUGAAUUCAAUGCUACCGAACAUGCACUUACUCUCCUAA